AUGGAGAAGAACUCAGCUUUUGACAAGGGUUCACUAUUGUCCGCUCUAAUGAAAUCUCCAGUAAAAGGUCGUUUUGAAGCAUUAGAAAAAGGAGAAAUCGCUGCAGAAGACUUUGAUCCAAUCUUCACUCAGGUCUUCAAUAAAGAGUAUGGACGUAAAGAAGAGGUCAUUCCUAUGUUUUCAUCAAUUACUAAAGUACUAUAUAACAUGAAGAUAGUGCCAGAAAUGGUUGCACUACUGAAGGCGAGCUAUCGUUCAAGAAUAAAAUGCCAAUAUUAA